GUCGUCGUCGUCGUCGUCGUCGUCUUCCCAGGAAUCGGCGAGGGGGGCCGGCGCUGGCUUUCGGGAUGAGGACGAUGAGCUGAGGGAGAGGGAGGAGAGGGUUUUGUUUAGAUCUGCUAGGGGUUAGCUGGGGUUUGCUGGCGGGGGAAGGGGGAGGACGCACCUUUGGGAGUUUGUGAUGACAUGGUGGCGCUGAGGAUUAUGGGUUGGCGGGCAAGUUCCCCCCUUCGUGAGGCUUAUAUGUGUAGUGGGGUCUUGAUGAAGAACGAGGAUUAAAUUAUAAUUAUGACGACAGUAUGUUUCUUAUUUUAAAAGCUUGUUUUCUAUAUUAAGAAAAGAGUAGCGAGUACGUAGUGAGGGAUAAGGUAAACAAAAACAGUAACAGUAAGCGCCGCCGCCGCCACCGAUCGAUCUGCCCAAUUUUGCUCCGCCCAAUUUGCUCCGCCCAAUUUGCUUCGCCCAAUUUGCUCCCAUGGUUCAGCUGCACCGCCCUCUCUGGUUGCUGUGGCCGUUUUUUGUCGUCAGCGUUUAUGGAGUAACCAGAGAACUUGGAGUCCAGUACACCCACUAGAACUUCUCGGACGAAGUUGGGGCUGGACCGUCGAUCCAUCUACCAGCGAAUGGGAGACAGAGGCGCUCUUAUCUGCUACUUGGAGCGACAAAACCCCCGUUACUCCCUCUUUUUCUUGCGUUUUGCGUCCCUUUUUCCACAUUCAAUUGUUGAAUUCACUUCGAAUUCACCUCCCAGGCGGCUGUCGCGUUAGCUACUACAGCUUCUUGAUACGAAAUAAAUCCUACUUCUUACUUCUUGAAACAGUGCAUCUCUCUUUUGACACAUAGUGCAUGACCAGCCAGAUAGGAGGAACAACCAGCCCGCUGCAAGCAUGGCGCGGAGAGAAACCUCGCGCGUGUCCAUCCGCCUCAUGCUGAGCUAUGUUCUCGACUGGAUCAUCAUCAUCGGAGCAGCAGCCAUCGGCGUCGCCCUCGGCACCAUCUCCCCCAACAAACGCCCCAUCUCCCUCUCCAACCCCGAGCUCUCCUACCCCAACAACCCCGACACCGUCACCGUCGCCGUCGUCAUCAUCGUCAGCCUGGCCGCCCCAGCAGCCAUAAUCUUGCUCACCUCCCUCCUCCUCGUCCCCGGCCCCUCCGUCCCAAAAUCCGUCCCCAAAGGCCUCAUCUGGCGCCGCAAGCUCUGGGAAUGGUUCACCGGCUGGCUCGGGCUGGGCAUGUCCUGCGCCUCUUCCUGGCUCAUCACAUCGGGGCUUAAGAACCUGGUCGGCAAGCCGCGCCCGGAUGUUAUUGCGAGAUGUAUGCCGGAUUUGAGUCAGAUCGCUAAAUACGCCGUUGCGGGCAUCCCAGCGGUAAAGGGAACGACGGUGACGCUCGUCCACGCGGGGAUCUGCACGAAUCCCGACCCCGACCUUCUGGACGACGGAUGGCGCUCCUGGCCCAGCGGACACUCCUCCUUCGCCGCCUCAGGCCUCGUCUACCUCUCUCUCUUCCUCGCCUCCAAGCUCGCUCUCACCCUGCCCUUCCUAUACCCAAAACAGCCAGGACAGUCAGAUAGCUCCUACUACUCCGCCUUCCCCUCCCGCCUCCCCUCUUCCUCCUCAGGGAGUUACGCCUCAAAAUACGACCGCGACGACAACGGCGCGCAGGCUUCGAAGCUCGGUCACCGCCAGAUCGCCGCGCGCAACCAAGCCGCCUCGCCUCCCCUGUACUUGCUAGCUCUGGCAUUCACCCCCACGGGAGCAGCUAUGUACAUCACCGCCUCCCGCUACUCUGACUUCCGCCACCACGGCUUCGACAUCCUCUCCGGCUUCUUGAUCGGCACCGUCGCGGCCUUCGCGGCGUUUAGGUACUACCACCUCCCCCUCAGCCGCGGCGCGGGAUGGAGUUGGGGACCGAGGAGCAGGGCGAGGGCGUUCUGGACUGGUGUUGGGACGGGUGGAUACGUUGGCGGAAAUGAAGCGAAAAAAGGCGGGGAAGCAGUAAUGAUGGAGGAUCUUGGGGGGAGCGGGGAGAGGAGCGGGUAUCAGGGGCAGGGACUUGAUGGGGCGGGCGAUUCCAAUAACCAAGCGGGGGGGAGGGAUCGCGAUAGAGAUACUGAUGAAUUCGAACUCCUCCAUCGUGGGGACCAGGAGGGGUACAGGGAGGAUGCGAGGGAUGAGGUGCGUGUUUCGCCGGUGCAGAUGAGUCCGAGGAGGGUGAUGGGGGAGGAGACGGGGUAUGAGGCGUAUAGGGGGCGGGCGCGGUAG